AUGAAUGUUGCUGGAAUUAUGAAGCAUAGAUGGUGGAUUGCUUCUCAUAGGAAGAGCAUAUGGGUGGACUGGAUUUACAAAAGGGACAAGGUGGAAGGUGUUAUUAUGCAUAUGGUAGGCAAUGGAAGAGCCACUGGGGUAUGGCUAGAUUCUUGGCAUCCUAAGGGUAUCCUUAUUAAGAAAUUUGGGGAAAGAAUAAGAUAUGAUUCUGGUUUGUCUCAUCUUGCUACAGUUGAUGAAAUCUUAAGGAAUGGGGAAUGGUUGCCUACUCCAGCUACAACUCUUGAUCUUAUUGAAGCUUGGGGAUGUCUUCAAACUAUCCCUAGACUUCACUAUGGUGACGAGGACUUGGUGGUUUGGAAAGGAGAUCCUACAGGUGUGUUUACAACUAAAUCAGCAUGGGAGAUAGUAAGGAGGAAGGAGAGAAAGUUGGACUGGAAGAAAUCAGUAUGUUUGAAGGCAACAUACCUCGACAUUCAUUCACAACCUGGUGAUGUUUAG